AUGUCUGAAUCCAGGAUGAGAGUCCCCGACAAGAUCAAGGAAGUCGCGAAGGAGGACUUCGAACAAGCCAGGGAACUUGCUACAGAUGCUGUUCGCUCGGGCGCAUAUCUCUACCCCUUCAAGGGAAUCGCCUACUUCUUCACGCACCGUGCACUAUGGAAGCCUCUCGCCGCCAAGCUCGUUCCGACUGUGUCCCUAGGACUGGGUGUUACGGCGAUGAUGUUUGCUGUCACCUACGUGCCCCAAGCCGCUCUGCUCUCCAUCUUCAACGGCCCGCUCGCCAUCUUCACCACCAUACUGCUUGUUCUUAGUGAAUCCUCCACCAUCUUCUCGGUCCUAAGCAAGAACUUCCUCAUUGAUGAUGCUCUCAUCGACACCUUUGAUGGCACCCUGGUCUGUCGCAACCAGACGACGUUGGUAUCAAACGAGCGCCAGGUGAAGUCAGGAAGCGAUCCGAUCGGAAAGUUGGGCAAGCUCGUCACCAAGCCUUUUGCCAAGUUCACCCCUAGUGCUAUCGUUCGGUAUUUCAUGUACCUGCCGCUGAACUUCAUUCCUGUUGUCGGUACCAUACUGUUCGUCAUCCUCCAGGGACGCAAAUUUGGUCCCACCGCACACGCUCGGUACUUCCAGCUCAAGCAGAUGAAGAAGCAAGAGAAGGAGCGAUUCGUUGAACAACGCAAGGCUGCAUAUGCCAGCUUCGGUAUCCCUGCUGUCCUCCUCGAGCUUGUACCUGUCGCCGGCAUUUUCUUCUCCUUUACAAACACGGUCGGUGCCGCUCUCUGGGCCGCAGAUAUGGAACAAGGCAACACUACCGCCCCCAAUCUGCGCCAGCAAGCCGAGGCAGCAAAGGGCAGAGAUGAGUUGUGA